AUGGCCACAUCGACGCCGACCCCGAAGAACUCCAAAAAUGAACACCACAAGAAGGACCGGAAUAAACGAGCACCGCUCCCCUCCAACGCGCGGAUUCAAAAGCGACCCAUCCUCCACGCUCCACUCCCAUCGCCCUACACUUCCGCCGCGUCCGCCAAGACCAUCUAUCUUUCCGCCCGCACGCCCUUCAUGUCGGCCAUUAAACGCUGCGAGAAACUCCUGCAGCUCUCCGAAAAGCGUCUAGUACAAGCGGCAACUACUGCUGCCAAAUCGUCCCGCCGGCGGAAUCAAGAUGACUCCAUCUCGGAAAUUGCAGCUGCGGCGGAGAGGAUCAAGCGGCGUGGUCGUGGGGAGGAGGUGGUGUUCAAGGCUUCGGGAAAGGCGAUUGGAAAGGGAUUGCAGGUGGGAUGUUGGUUUCAGGAGAGGGAUGGGCUGUACAAUGUUCGCUUGCAGACGGGGACUGCGGGGGUGGUGGAUGGGAUUGAGUAUGAUGAGGGGGAGGGGGAUGAGGAGAAGGAGCGAGGAGAUGGUGAGAAGAGGGAGGGUGGAGAUGGCGAGAAGAGGGAGGAAGUGGAAGCGGAAGAUGGGCCCGAGGCGAGGAUUCGGCAGAUCAGUGUGCUGGAGGUCUAUGUCAGUUUGAAGUGA